CACUUUGGUGCAUUUACUAUCCCCCCUCCCCAAGUCUCUCUCUCUCUCUCUCUCGCUUUCUUUUUGUUUGUCGCUUGAAAGUUUACAAAAAACAAAUGGCCCUUGACAAAUUAAAAGGGGUUUCUCUGGUUUCUGUUUGAGACCUAAGUUGAUGCUUGCUUCUGCUUCUGCUUCUGCAUCUGUUCUGAAUUAGUUUGAACUCUUGAGAUAAAGACGGUCAAAGCAAUCAGUCAGGUCGUUUCAGAGGGAAUUUAAUGGCUAUGAAAACUUUCUAUUUCAAAGAACAUGAAGGAAGUGUCCAUAAUCCAAAUGGGCAGUUGUCAACAGUGCCAUGGUGGACUGCAUUUGGGUCUCAGGCUGUUAAUGGUGAAUCGUGUGGCCUAUUGAAGGCUUUACCCAUAGAACAGCCUGCCGGUCGAGGUGAAACUGCUACUAAGCACGCCAGGAUGGGUACUGAGCAAGGGUUGGAUAAAGCGAACAUCACUCAAUUCACUAUAUUUCCCGGUGACUGCAAACCUUCAGGUGGUGAACAGAAAUCUGUUCAGGGAGCCAUUUCAGUGCAAACAGCUCUGCCGGAUUAUUAUGCUCAUUUUGACUUGGGAUUUGGUCAGCCUGUGAUCUGCGCAAAGUAUCCUGUCGUGGACCAAUAUUAUGGAUUAUUCUCAACUUUUGGACCUCAAAUUUCGGGCCGGAUUAUGCUCCCAAUGAGCACGACCACAGAUGAUGUACCCAUAUAUGUAAAUGCGAAGCAGUACCAUGGAAUCAUAAGACGUAGGAAGUCCCGCGCAAAAGCUGCACUGGAUAAUAAAUUGCCCAGAAAUCGUAAGCCUUAUAUGCACCGUUCACGCCAUCUCCACGCAAUGCGACGUCCAAGGGGAUGCGGUGGCCGUUUCUUGAAUACGAAAGAGUUGAAUGAUGGAAAAGGCAUAACAGAGGCUAAGAAAGCUGGUGAUUUUCAACUUUUGCAGCCAACUGGUUCUCAGAGUUCUGAAGUUCUGGAAUCAGGAGGGGCAACUUUGAACUCCUCAAUGGAAGCAAAUUGUGGUGGAUCAAAUCUCUCUGGUUCAGAAGUGACUAGUUUGUACAACAGGGGAGAUUUCAAUCGCUUCCCUUUCAAUCAUCAUGGGCUAACUGUCCAUGGUUUCUCAGGGAUGGACGGAGGACAUGGCAUUGGCAUGCCCAGUAAGUGGAUUGCAGCAGCUGACAACUGCAGCAACCUCAAACAGCAAGGGAACGGAUUGGGUUGGUGCUUGCAUCACGCACAAGACCAAACCCCCCCACCUUUGCUGGAACCUGACAACCAAAUCUUGGCUUGAAGAUGGACUUCACCAUUUGGUUGUAAGGGCAAGUCGUUCUUGGCUCCUGUGUAUUGAUGGUAUCUUUGCCAUUCCAUGCAACCUUGCUGUCAUGGAUUGGUCAGAGGUGAAACCAUAAUGCACUGUAACAAAACUUUGGGAACGGACAACAUAAUAAAGGGGUGUGUUUUCAUCAAUGAAACAAAGACACCCAGAUAUGUGUGCUUGAUUUGUUAUCCUAAACUGUGUUGAAGCAUGUUCGAUGCUCUUGAAGUUUGAUUUCUACUCCAUGGUUGUAUUUAAUUGCUGUAUGUUUGUGUUAUCAUCACUAUUUAUAAGAUUUAAAAUAGUUUCUCU